AUGCAGCCUUCAACAGACAGCGUCCAAAGUCCGGUCUCCGUUCUAUUCGGACCACAAUGCAGCAAUUUCGAUGAGGUUGCGGCUGAAAUAAGCAAAGCUCUGGCCGAAGAUCCGUCUGUACAAUUUAUACGGGAUAUUCUCACUGAGUUGCCUUCGCUCUGGGCCGAUAUAACCAAGGCCUUGCCGUCCCUCAGCCAAGUUUCAGGGAAUGAGCAGAUUGCCGGUUUGAUACAAAAGCUAAAUGGCUUGCCAUCACCGGCCACCGCAGAGCCUACGAAUGUGAUCCUGACUCCCCUCACUGUCAUUAGUCAAAUAGUGGAGUUCGUCAAACUCAAUGAUCGGAAUGAUGAGCAAAAGAUCAUUGACGCCCAAGGGUUCUGCGUUGGAUUCCUGUCCGCCGUUGUGGUCGCUUGCGCUAAGGAGAAGGAAGAGUUUCAGUCAGUCACAGCGACAAUUGUCCGACUCGCCGUCUGCAUCGGCGCUCUGGUUGACUUGGACGAAUUGAAGAAUGGAAGCAGUCGGUCCGUCGUUGCCUACGCGUCAUGUGAGUUGGACACAAAAUGCAUGACAGUAACAGUGUCCGGGGAUGAGAUGGACGCGCUGGUCAAAGAUCUUACACGCCAUGAUCUAUCAGCUAAGCCCAUCGCUCUGAAGGGGAGGUUCCAUCAUAAAGCACACAGAAUUGCCUUUCAGCAUAUGGUCACGUUUUUUGGACAAGACAAACGUUUCCAGUUACCAGCUGAAACCAAAUUGCGCCUGCCUCUCCGAUCCAACGUGGAUGGGAACGUCAUUGCCCAAGACGAUAUCCUCGCUCUUGCAUUGGAAUCCAUUUUGAUCAUGCAAUGCAAGUGGCUUCCAACCGUGGCCAAUGCAUUUCACCAAAUCCGACAAAUUGACAACACUGCUCGCUUGCUUAUGGUAGGCGACAAAUCUAUCGUCCCCCAGAGUGUGAGAAUGCAGUCAACACUGGGAAGUGACCAUUCUCAUUUGCGUGGAGACACAAACGGGCUCACUAAUGGCCACGUCUCUCACAAAGAAACGGAAGCGGUCGCAGCUGUGCGAAAUAGCACUCUCAACGGUCACUGUGACGCUCCAGAGACCCCGAUUGCAAUUGUUGGGAUGGCCGGUCGGUAUCCCCAGGCAGAUUCUAUCGAGGCAUUAUGGGAGAUGCUUGAGUUAGGACGAUGCGCUGUCACUGAGAUGCCCGAUGAUCGAUUCAGGCUGUCCGAGAUGUUACGACAGCCAAAGGGGCCCUUUUUCGGGAACUAUCUCGAUGAUCCAGACGCUUUCGAUCAUAGAUUCUUUGGUAUCUCUGCUCGCGAGGCCGAAGCCAUGGAUCCUCAGCAGCGUCUCCUCUUACAAGUUGCAUACAACGCGAUGGAGUCUGCCGGUUAUUGUGGGAUAUCCGCUGCUUCAUUGACCUCGGAUAUCGGCUGCUAUAUUGGUGUUGGCUCGGACGAUUAUACGGAUAACGUUGGGUCCCGGGACUCUAACGCAUUUUCCGCCACCGGGACCCUUCAAGCAUUUAACAGCGGGCGCAUCAGUCAUUACUUUGGAUGGAGUGGUCCAUCGUUGGUAGUUGAUACCGCUUGCUCUUCCGCCGCUGUGGCGAUUCAUCUGGCAUGCAAGGCCUUGCAGGCGAAAGAAUGCGCGAUUGCAAUGGCAGGAGGAGUGAACGUCAUGACCAGCCCAAAAGUGACUCAGAAUCUGGCCGCUGCCUCUUUUUUGUCUCCGACUGGUGCAUCCAGGGCCUUUGAUGCUGAUGCAAAUGGGUAUUGCCGUGGUGAAGGCGCCGGGUUGGUGAUGUUGCGACCAUUGGAAGACGCCCUUCGCGAUCACGAUACUGUUUUGGCUGUCAUCGCAGGUUCAGCUGUUAACCAAGGGUCUAACUGCUCCCCAAUUACUGUGCCUGUUUCAGAGUCUCAGCAGUCUCUGUAUCGUAAAGCCCUUGCCGCUGGGGCGACUUCUCCAUUUGAGGUCAGCUAUGUCGAGGCUCAUGGGACUGGAACGCAAGUGGGAGACCCCAUUGAGUUUGAUAGCAUUCGACAGGUUUUUGGUGGAGCGAUGCGCGACGAAAGGCUGUACAUCGGGUCUAUCAAAGACAAUAUUGGGCAUACCGAAACCUCGUCGGGAGUUGCAGCGCUACUGAAGACGGUUAUGAUGAUCCAAAAGGGCAGGAUACCGAAGCAGGCAAAUUUCAAUCGCUUGAAUUCUAAGAUACCUUGUGCCGAUCAAGAAAACAUAUCAAUUUCUGAAAAAUCUAUCGAGUGGAAGUCCUCGCAUCCAGCGGCCAUGGUGACGAAUUAUGGGGCCGCUGGAAGUAAUGCCGCCCUUCUGGUCAAGCAGUACCGAGGUCCAUCGGUUAACUCAGAAUACAUCGAACGUUGCCCAUUGGAAGUCCCCAUCUUCUUUUCGGCAAAGUCUCAGGAGUCCUUGCGCGCUUACUGUGAAGCACUUCACAAGUUCGUGACCAUCAGAUCAAUCAAACCAAAUGUGAGACUGCUGCAAGAUCUUGCGUACAACCUUGCUGUCAAACAAAAUCGAUCAAUGGAUUACACCGCGACAUUCUCGGCAGACUCGAAGGAUGUUCCCGCCUUUUUGAAAAAGCUCACUACUGUGAUCUCCGAUGGUACCUACACACAAACGAAACCGGCAAAGCCACUUCCUGUGAUCCUUUGCUUUGGCGGCCAGACUGGUAACAUGGCCAGUAUUUCUGAAGACUUGUUCAAUUCAUGUGGACAUUUGAGGCAUCAUUUGAUGCAAUGCGAGAAAACUUGCAAAGCGCUCGGCCUACCCAGUCUGUUCCCGACGAUUUUCCAAAACCGUCCAAAUGAAGAUCUUAUAUCUCUGCAUUGCAUCCUUUUCUCUAUUCAAUACGCGUCUGCAAGGGCUUGGAUGGAUUCAGGACUCAAAGUGGACCGUAUUAUCGGGCACAGCUUCGGGCAGCUCACUGGACUUUGUAUUUCCUGCACCUUGAGUCUCUCUGACACCAUGAAGCUAAUCUCCCAACGAGCCAGACUAAUCCAUGGCAGUUGGGGUAUGGAGCAUGGUAGCAUGCUGUCCAUUAAAGGUACACAAAAAGAUGUUCGCGAUCUGGUUAAUGCUUGCAACAACGCAGUAGAUAUCGCGUGCUUCAACGGGCAACAAAGCGUGGUUGUUGCUGGGGACGAGGGUUCCAUCGCGAAAAUUGAGAUUAUGGCUGCAGACAAGCCCAGGUUCAUCGAAACAAAGCGACUCGGUAGUACUCACGGUUUCCACUCCAGACUGGUUGACGCAAUUCUUCCUGGUCUCGCUCAAGUUGCUCAGUCACUGGAGUAUCAUGAGCCACAAAUUCCGAUUGAGGCCUGCUCUGUGUUGGGGGACUGGACAUCUGUGACUCCCUUGAAAAUCGUCCAGCAUAGCCGCAUGCCUGUUCACUUCGACUCAGCUGUAAAUAAUGCAGCACUGAAGGCUGCUGGGCCAGCCAUUUGGCUUGAGGCUGGUUCAGGCUCCCCUGUAAUCCCGAUGAUUCGACAGAUUAUCCAGUCUUCCAGAUCACCCCAAGGACAUGUUUUCCAAUCCGUGAAUCUUCACGACAAUCAAGCACAGCGAAACAUCGCAACCGCCACCACAAACCUUUGGUCCAAGGGUGCGGAAGUACAAUUUUGGCCCUUCAGCUAUCAUCAAGCACCUUCUUACAAGUCGAUGAAUUUGCCGCCUUAUCAAUUUGCGAAGACCAAGCAUUGGAUUGCAUUUGAUCCGCAUGCGUUCGCUCCCAAGACACCUCCACCGAUGCCUGAGACCGAAAAUGGACUUGUAAACGUGCUUGAACAAAACACCAGAGACACUGUGUUUUCCAUCAACGUUUCUGACGCUGUGUACCGCUUGUGCGCACAAGGACAUUCCGUUGUUGGUCAAAAUUUAUGUCCUGCAUCUCUUUAUAUCGAGAUAAUUUUGAAGGCGGCAAGCAAGCUCGCAUCGGGUGGACUUGAUGGGCUCAUGCCACAUGUCCAAGACCUGAGUAUAUCUGCCCCGUUGCUUCUUGAGUUUGAAGGAGAAGUACGUCUUCGGCUAUCAACAACCGGUACCGCACUCACGUGGUCGUUCUCUUUGUUUACACAGAAGGCAAUGUCAUUCCCAGAAACACAUGCCACUGGUAAGAUCGGACUUCACAAUGUGGACGCUGGAUCCAAGGUUUCCUCGCGUUUCCGAUCUCUCGACCGCCUCAUCACCCCGUCACGCGCAGAAGGCAUUUCCAAAUCAUCAGAUUCCAGUGGUCUGAUGGGUUCAACCGUCUACCAGACUUUCAAUCGAGUUGUCGCAUACGCAGACUACUUCCGAGGUGUCAAAAGAGUGUUUUCCAAUGGACAUGAAGCCAUGGGUCUGGUUUCCUUACAAAACUCUCCAAGUGCGAAUAGCAUUUGUGAUCCUGUGCUAGUAGACAAUUUCCUUCAGGUCGCCGGUAUCCAUACCAACUGCUUAUCCGACACUCGGGAUGACGAGGUAUUUGUAUGCAGUGCCAUCGGGGACAUCUUUUUCAGUGAUGUCUAUAUUCAAAGAGACACCAAGUCCACUGGAACAACCACCACAUAUACCAGCUAUGAACGGCCUUCCAGGAAGCAGUUCACAAGUGAUAUUUUCGUCUUCGACUCUGAAAGUGGAAAGAUGCUUGUAGCUAUCAUGUCUGCAACAUUCACCAGUGUUCUAAUGUCCAAUUUGUCUCGCGCGCUUGAGAAAUUGAAUAAAGGCUCUCCUGUCUCGGCCCCCCAGCCAAUUGAAAUAAAUUCCCAACUUGAGGCCCAGCUACUGGAGUUAAAAAGUCUGCCCAUUAUUCAGCAAGACAGUUUUGCCGACGGGGGACACGUGGGAGCUGUUCGAGAGAUGUUCCACACUCUGCUUGGUAUCCCGCUCGCGGAUUUGCUUCCAUCUUCAGGCCUUGAAGAUAUCGGUGUUGAUUCUCUAAUGCGGACUGAAGUAUUGAAUGAGAUCAAGAAGCGCUUCGAGUUCGAUUUAUCCUUGAGCGCAUUGAUGGAUAUCCCCGACAUCCAAAGUCUCACCAAUGCAAUUUUCCCGGGUACUUCCCCACAAAUCGAGCCAAUUUUCACCCUAGCAGAGAACCCUGCCGAUGGAAGGUUGAUUCGUACUAGCCAGACGAGAGCCACGUCUCCCGUGGGUGAUUCAUUUGCUGAGUUGUCAAGGGAUGUGUUUUCCAGCCUCAAGGAAACUACCGCUCAUAGUGAGAAAACCCAGUGGACUGGAUUCUGUGAUAAGGUCUAUCCUCAGCAGAUGGCCCUUGUAACAGCUUAUGUGGUUGAGGCUUUCCGAGCCAUGGGGGUCGCACUUGAGUCAUUCGGACCCGGACAGGCAGUUCCACAGAUUCAAGUAUUGCCUCAGCACUAUCAGGUCAGGGAGCAAUUGUACUCAAUCUUAGUAUCUUCUGAGUUGGUGCAAAUGCAUGGGGAUGUUGCUCUAAGAACAGAGAAAGCAGUCCCGUCUACACAUCCAUCUGUUCUUCAUGAGCAAAUUGUCCGAAGAUACCCUCAUCACGAGCCAGAACAUAGCCUUCUUCGCACCACUGGAGCUCAAUUAGCUCAAUGUUUGACUGGGUCAGCCGAUCCUCUGGUCAUCCUAUUCCAGGACAAAGAAGCACGUGAACUCAUCGGAAAUGUGUACACCCAUGCUCCAAUGUUCCAUUCCGCCACCAUCCUUUUGACUCAACUCCUCCGGGAUGUUCUCAGCAAGACUGACCCUGGCAGGGAAAUCAAGGUCCUCGAGAUCGGUGCUGGUACUGGUGGUACCACCGGCUUCCUUCUUUCUCAGCUCGCGGACGUCGCUGGGCUACGCUUCGAGUACACAUUCACAGACAUCUCAUCGUCAUUGGUUGCUCUCGCACGGAAGAGAUUUAAAAAGUACGACUUCAUGUGCUACAGACUACUCAAUGUGGAUCAAGAUCCUCCCCAAGAGAUGCUUGGACAAUAUGACGUGGUCCUCUCGUCAAACUGUGUUCACGCCACUCCAGACAUCACGAAAUCAACGAGGAACAUCAAUAGCCUUCUGCGGCCGGAUGGAAUUCUCUGUCUGAUUGAGCUGACCAGGAAUCUGUUCUGGUUUGACCUGGUCUUCGGAUUACUCGAUGGGUGGUGGAUGUUCAACGAUGGUCGACAGCAUGCCCUUGCUAAUGAACAUGUUUGGGAUAAGGCUCUUCGCCAGGCUGGCUAUCAUUGGGUUGAUUGGAGUAGUAACGCUUCAAAGGAAUCGGAGAUUAUACGACUAUUUGUGGCUUCCCCAGCCAAGCUUGAGCCGGACAGAACUGCUCUUAUCACCGAGGAGACGGUAACCUUUGCAGAGAAGGAUGGCGUCCAGCUACAGGCGGACAUUUACUAUCCUUCCGAAGUUGAUACAUCUGGCCGACCACGGCCUAUCGCCCUCAUGAUCCACGGCGGUGGCCAUGUCAUGCUGUCCCGCAAGGAUAUACGCCCCGAGCAAACAGAAAUAUUACUUGCCGCAGGUUUCUUGCCUAUCAGCAUUGAUUACCGCCUCUGUCCAGAGGUCUCUCUCUUGGAUGGGCCCAUGCAAGAUUCCCGAGAUGCUUUAAGGUGGGCUCGGAAGGUACUGCCAUGCUUGGUGCUGCAGCGCUCUGACGUGAAACCUGACGGUGAUCAUGUUGUCAGCGUUGGUUGGUCAACCGGUGGACAUCUUGCCAUGACGCUUGCCUGGACUGCUGCGGAAAUUGACGUACGACCCCCGGAGGCAAUUCUCUCCUUCUAUAGUCCAACAGAUUAUGAGGAUCCCUUUUGGAGCGAGCCAAACCUGCCAUUUGGUGAGUCUGCUACUCCCAUUGGUACAUAUGACCAGUGGGAAGCCGUCCAACCUACGCCCAUCACUGCAUAUAACCCUCCCUCAUCACUGGGUGGAUGGAUGAAUCCUAGUGAUGCUCGAAGCCGAAUCGCAUUACACAUGAAUUGGACUGGCCAAACGGUUCCGGUCCUACUUAACAGCCUGGGCUCGAACCUCAAAACUUCAAUUUCCGAAUUGAAACAACCCAGCAUUCGGGAUAUUCAGGCCAUCAGUCCUCUUGCUCAGAUUCGUUCCCACAAAUACCAGUCGCCUACUUUCAUCAUUCAUGGUACCCGUGAUGAUCUGAUCCCCAUUUCUCAGGCGAAGAAAACAUAUGCUGCGCUCUGCGACGCCGGUGUUACUGCGGAAAUCAGGGUCCUGGAUGCGGUGCAUUUGUUUGAUAUAUAUCCGGACAUAAAACGUGAUCAGGAAGCAAAGCAGGCCAUUCGAGAUGGGUUUGCAUUCUUGAAGUCGCAUGUUUGA